AUUCAUUUUGUCUAUUCACUUCCACCAAUGGUACCCUCCUUUCCAUUUCAACGACUUCCAAAUAAACCCUUUCAAAAUGUGCUAAAAAGCAUGUCAGUCGGAAAUCUGCUCUCCUAUUCAAUGUGCUCCGAGGCUUCUAAAAGUCAUGUGACCAAUUUGAAGGUUAAAAUCAAUUCGUUCGAAAUCAAUGUCACUGAGAACGUACAUUUAUUUGUGAAAUCAGAGCAUGGACCUACAUUUAACUUCCGAACAGUUACUUCUGCUAACGGAAAUAUUAGUGAUGACGUCACCCCUGCUAAUGAAAAUGAGAAGCACCGUUGGUACAAAAAAGGAUUCGAAUUAAGAAAUUGGAUUGAACAUUUUCUCAGUGUACUGAAUCAUUCAAAAAUUGAUAAACUGAAUUUUAUAUCCCAACAAGGAGAGCGAAGCAAGAAUGAUUAUCUACGAGACUCACUGGAAGGCUUCAAGGUGGACUGCUUCACCGUUCAGCAAUGCUCCGAAAGCUAUCAACGGAGCAUUUUCCGGAACUUUUCUCCUAUUAACACGUUUAUAAUCUGUGCAACCGGAGCUGAGUCUACAAAGGCAAUUUCGAGUGCUCUUCCACAUAAUCUGAAAGAUUUCGGAUACGUGUCCAGAGGUGCCACUUGGAAUUUUAGCCUGGAUAACUUACUUUUAAGCAACUCCCGGAAUCUGGUGGUUAUUGAAGCAAGAUUUUCAUUCCCUGACAUCAACAUGUUCCUAAAACAUUGGCUCAACGGAUCCAAUCGACGACUUACUAACGCUUAUUUUAUUUAUACAACACCGCUAGUUUCAGAGGAUAUUUCAAAAGGAUUGCCUUUUAGCAUUCCGUCCGAAGCUGAAAUCUCCAAGCUUCCGAGUGAUCUUAUGGAACAUCGAGAAACAAUGUUCCAGUUGAAGAGGAAAUUCGACUCAACCGCGACAAUUGUGUUGAAGCAAAAUAAUGGUAAACACGUUUUUAACAUGUUUGUGGAACAUUUUUGAAUAAUAAGCACCGCGCAAAUAAGAGCGCCGCUGACCAAUCAGCUGUCUCGGCCACGCCCAUUAUUGAUGGCUGAUUGGUCGGCGCCUUUCUUUUACUUUUUUGAAAUUCCUCUAGAACCUCCACUUCCCAAUUUUGAGCAUUUUAAUAUAUUCCCCGUCUUUCAAUUGUCAACUGAUUUUUUUUUGCAAUUUUCCCGCAAUGUUCCCAUUUUUAAUAAACCGUUCAUUAAUUUAAAA